UUACAAACGAAAACUCUACUGCAAGACUUAAAGUGUGUGUUGUACAUAACUACAAUCACGUUGAUGUAACUAUAUAUGACCAGAAGACCGGUAAUGAGGUCAAAGAUCCACGCUGGUCACAUGUCUACAAGCGAAGAACUAAAUUUGUUGGCGAUGUUGAGCUAACUCUACUGAAAGCGAAGGAAGAAGAUUUUAAAAUGUAUCUGAUUGUAUUGAUAUUUACACCAGAAAAAAACCUAACACUCUCUUUAAAUAUCACAUUGAAAGGUGAGUUGCAAAUACGUAACAUUAGUUUACUGUCGUAUUAUUCAUUGUAUUGUGUUCCAGGUUAGUUUUAUAGCAAAAAAGACUUAGCUAAAUUGAAUGCUAUAACACAUAUUUCAUAUCAUUAAAUGUAUAAUAGAAGGGGAAAAUUCGACAAUUUUGACAAUUGCUUUAUUUCGUUUUCGACGAUGAAAUAACAAUGGCAAAGCUUUUCUUGAUGACCUUUAGGACAGCAUGCAAAAGAAGUAACAGCACUGAAAUAAAAUUUAAAAAAACAGCUGUAAUUCCUUUGCGUAAUCUGUUUUGUUUUUCAUCUAAUAGAAACUUACAAAUCCAUUGUUACCAUGUUUAUUCACCAUGGUUAAUUUAACGUAAGUGUUUAUAGUAUGCGACGGAGCACUCUAGACAUUGUUUCAAACAUAUCAUUCGACAAUGGUGGCUAUAGCAAUCUUCAAAAGAGUCUAUUUUCUCCCAUAACACACGCAUAGCUCUACGCAGAACUUCACAUUUAAAAACACAUUCCUUUACACUCACCACAAAGAGGCAUCUCGUGGCGAGAGACGGGAAAGUAAAAGUGGUAUGGAAAGUCGGUUCCACGCGAAAUUAUUUAUCGCGAAACGAUUUUCUACAGCAUAGUGAUAGAUGAUCGUGCAAUAUGGCUGGCUGCAUCGUCCUGUAGAUACCUUAGUCAAUUUUCCAACACAAGUAUAUGGCAUCCUUCCGUCUUCGUGAGACGAUGCAGUAGCUAUAUAGUUCUAUACUUUGACGAGUGGCUCACUAGGCCAAUCCUAGAAUGGCAAUCUCACAGGAGCAUAUUGAAUCACGGUAAAUUAUUGAUUUCCGAAUUGUUCUUUUUGAUUCAAGGGCCUCGUUUCGAGUAUCUUCUGCCAUUAUUACUCCAUCAAACACUGCUGCUCGCCAGUUGGAGCGAUGUUCGGCAAUGAACUCCCAUUCGAAUGUUUCUAUAUUGGCUUCACUCAUGCUUCGUUUGCAAACGUCAAUAAAUCUCAGGCGUGGUCUCCAAUAUGUCUUGUACCUUCUGCCAACUCUCCAUACAGCGGUAUCUUUGGGAUACGUUCUUCCUCCAUUCUCCGUACAUGACCUAACCAGCGAAGGCACCUCUUGAUUAUAAAGGAGAAUAUCCUAAACAUGUGUGCAUGUUCCAAAACCUCCACGUUAGGCAGCCUGUCCUGCCAACGAAUGCGCAAAAUGCGACGCAGACAUCUUUGAAGGAAGCUGUUGAGUUUCCGCUCCUGGCUGGUCCACACUUCGCUACUAUAUAGGAGCGUGCUAAGCACACAUGCCUGAUAGACACUUAUUUUUGUUUUAUCAGUUAGAUUGAGAUUAUUCCACACCCGCUUAUUGAGUUUAGCCUUAGUUACUGCUGCUUUUGCAAUCCUGAUAUUUAUCUCUUCAUCAACGGAGAGAGAACUAGAAAUAUAGGAUCUCUGGUAUAUGAAAUAAUAAUUUUCCUACACAAGUACAGUUUCAAAUAAUGUACGUCUAUUCAUUCGAUUAGGCCAAUAAAAUUAACAUUAAUAAAUAAUCUGAAAAACAUAAUAUAUUUUUCAACUUACUAAUAACAGAUUUAUUAUUGCUGAAGUUGUUGCUAUUUUGUUUUACCUAACUUCAAAUAAUAGAAUAAAUUAAUGUAUCCUUUUCAAAUAUGUUAUUAGGUAGUUUAUUUCAUUUAGCUUUAUUUUUUUCUUCUCUCUAAUCAGUGCAUAUAAUACAUUGACUUGGAUUUGGAAAAAAAAAAAUAUGAAGAUGUAAAAUCAUUUUCUUACUUCAACCAUGAUUGUAAGGAAACACGCAAUCAUUUUCAAGCACUAUUUUUUUAAAUAUGAAUAUCGAUUCAUUUGUAAACAAUUAAAUGGGUAUAAGGUAGCUACUCUUUCUAUGGUAUCCUAUCAGGUGAGAUACUUUAAAAAAACAAAAAACCGUGAACUGCAAAGAGUAAAAGGCGCAAAAGGCACACCAUAUCGUUACACAUGUAACGUGAAUCGGUUUCCGGACAAUAUCAUCUAGUCGUUCAAAACAAAGGAAAACAGCUGAUUCGCGAUUGAUGAAGCAGUCUAAAUAAUUUGACUUUUGUAUGAGAACUUGUAAUUCAUUAAAAAAAAUUUAAAUUUCGAAAACCUUGCCUAAAAUUCUCAAAAAUACAUCAUCCUAUCUCGCAUAUGUGGCUCAAUAUAUAAUCCUAUCUAGCAUAUCUGGCUAAAACAUCACCCUUUAUCGCAUAUUUGGCGCAAUAAAUUAUCCUGGUUUGCAAAUGUUGCUCAGUACAUCGUCCUAGCUCCCACAUGUGACUCCUUAAAUAAUACUGGCUCGCAUAUAUUGCAUAAUACAUCAUCCUGGUUCACAUAUGUGUCUAUGACAAUAAUUUUACUUACUGUUUACGGUAUGAAAAUCCACAUUAUUCCUUAGUUAGACGGUUAACGGACGUAUCCAUGAUGUUCAGUUCAAAGGAUUUUUGUCAUAAAUUUCGUAAGAGUGAAUGUAGAAUGUGCUACAGACCACGUGCGUGAUUCUCAUUGGUUGAAAAAGGUUGGACAGUCCUGCCAUUCCUUUGAGACAGUACACUUACAAAAUGGAAAAAUGUUCUUAACAAAUGACUGCAUCACCCUAGUACUUCUUGUCAUCAUAUUAUAUAUAGACCAAAUGUUUAUCAUUUGCAGGAAUUUUUAAAAUCUAAAACUCAGAUGUUAGGGUGUUAUAAUGGUAUGAAAUGUUCACAUAAACAAUAUUUGUGGCAGAUAAAAAUCUAAACAUGUUUCUGUGCAAAUUGUUAAUCUUGUCUUUUUAAUACGUGAACUAAACCUAUGGUAACGUCGAUUCACACAUUAAAGACAUACCCAACCACAAUCCUUCUGUUUAUAGACUGGGACAGAUGUUAGGGAAUACUUCUUCUGUCGUGGAAUGUUAUAUGUGACAUGCUCCAAAAUCAGCUCACCUUACUUUAAAUUGGCUUGUGUGGUAGAGCUUGAAGGAAAAAACACACGUUAUUUAAAAAAAAACAAAAAAAACUUUAUAUAUCAAUAAGUGCUUUGCUCGCAAAAAAUCAGUUAAACGUAUUCCAUUUAUGUAACUUAUCGUUAACUCGGCUUAAUGUUUCAAUAUCUCUAGAAUAACUAGAAGCUUGCUGGCAUCCGACUGUGUAUAAAACGAUCACACUAAGAUCUCACUAUCUGCAAAAGAAUAUAAUAAAAUACAAAAUUACAAUUAUGACACAUAGAUUACAAAAAGAUUUCUGUUGGUUUGUUUUAAGGGUAAGUCAUCUUUUUUUUCUAACAAUCUCUUUUAUGGAAUGAAACAACAUACAGCCCCUCUUUUUUACUACCUUUAGUUAACACCGGUUCACAGUUGAUGAUAAUAUUUGCUAUACAUUUUAACACAUUACGUGUAUAAUUAAAAGGUUACAGUAUAUUCUUAUACUUUAUACAGUUUUAGUCAUUAAAAAAAAAAUUCGAAAAUUAUUUAACCGAUUAAAAUGUAUUUGAAAAUGCUUCUGCAUUUAGAACAUCUUAUUAUCAUAAUUGGGUAAAAUUAUAAAAAGCACUACAUUCAUCCACGGUGUUAUUUGUUUAUUGGUGUUGUAGUGUUACAAAUUUCUAAAUUUUUUUAAUGGAAAAAAUGAAAGAUGAAAUUAAGUCCAAUAUGUGGAAUACACAUUUAAAAAAUAUUUCUUUACAAUUUGUAUCAUUAAUCCAUAUUUAAUAUAAUUAAAUAGCUUUAGGAUAAAAACAUAAUUAAAUAUUUAAUAUAGAUUGAUUGAUUUUGAUAUUUAUAUCGCGCUGGUAUCCAUGCUACUCUAGCAUGCUCACUGCGCUCUGGUCCUCCGAAAUAUAUUUACACAAAAAAGUUUUUAAUUGUUUCUUAAAUGGUUUUUUAUCAUUUACAAUUCCCCUCAAAGAUUGAGGCAAAAUGUUCCAUAUUUUUGGCGCUAACGCUUCAAAAGAGCGCACUCCAUAAGACUUUUUUCUUUGUUCAUCCACACAAGACACACUCAGUAAGUACUGUGCUGAAGACGCAGGUUCUUCAAGGACACAUGUUUGUUAAUCAGUUCCUUGAGAUAUUCGGUGCUGAGCCAUCUAUGCAGCUGUACGCAAUUGACAGAAUUCUGUAGUUGUUGCGCUCACUCACAGGAACACAACACUUUUGGAAGCCUCUUGCACCUUUCAAUUUUCUUCUUUUAAUUAUUUAAAGAAUUUAAGAUACUUACCAUUAAUCAUCACAAUAUAAUAAAUUUGGGCGCUAACAUAAAUUUACAUUGACAUUUUAAAAAAAAAAUAUGUUAUUCUUUAAGCGAUAAGAUAUCUAACAUUUUCAUUCCCGUAUUGUUAUUCUAUUUUUCUUUGGAAGUCUUAUUGACCCACUUUCUUUCUUCCUAUUAAACUGAAAAGUGGCAAAGAUGCUCGUUGCUGUUGACGACCCAUUUUAUAAAAUGUUCAGCCUCAAGCCCCCAAAAAUACGUAUAUCCUAUUUUUUCAAGGGGAUUCGAUUUGUUCAAUGGUUGCGUUGAUCUUGUGUGAAGAGUAAUUGUAUAGCUGUUGCUCUUUGCUUUGUAUUAUGGAGCAUUUGCGAAAGAAGUAAAAAUUACAAACAUUUAUGACGGGACAAAUUAAGGAAAUGUGAAGCUUGUUUUCGCCAGAUGUUUAACGAUUUUCAUAACCACUCCUUAAUAAAUGAUAAAGCAGCACGUACAAUUCCAUCAAUUAAAAAAAAAAAAAGCAUUUAUACGAAAACCAUUUUUUGUCCUGUGUUGUUUAAUUUCUUUAUUUUUUAAUAUCACUAAAAAUUGAGGGCUACUUUAAAUGGAACCCAGAGAUUAUUUUCCAAAUUAUUAUUUUUAUUUACUAUAGUACUUAUACAAGAUCUUAGUAUUAUAUAUUUUAAUUCUUUAGCUUCAUUAUAUAUUUAUAUAUAGAAGGAUACAUGAUUUAUUUUUUUUUAUUUAAAUUUCAGACCGCCCUACACUUGCCACUACAUUUUGGAUGCCUAAAGAUUUCUGUAGCGAACUUUCUCCACGACCGUUUUUUCGAAAAGUCACAUCAGGCUUACAAUUAAGACCAAACAAUCUGACCAACAAUGAAACACAGAUCUCUAUCAUACAC